UAUAACCAUAUCAUCUUAUAACAUUCCAUAAGUUACAAGAACCACGGCUGGCAGACAUAUAUCUCUAUACAAUAUAAGUAAAUGGAUUAGUCAAUAAAUCGUUUCGAGAGAUAUACCAUGUUAUUUACAGAUCGACAAUAGCACAUGCAUAAUAAUGUCUCACACAUCGAGACGUGGAAUAGAGUGUCCCUUGGCGACACUGGGACGUAAUACGCCAUCUCUAGACACACAAACAUAUCAUCAUCCACUCAGCUCAAGUCCACUGAAUCCGCAAGUCUAUCAGAUGUCACGAAAAUCGCCGAUCUUUCAACAGGAAUUCGAAAUGUAUCAUCUGCCGAAUACUCAAAAUAUCGUUGAUUCACAGCAGCCAAGAUCGACGAGAAAUCACACAGAAAUUGAGUCGCUAUUGUCUUUCCACGGUCGUUUAUCACCCGUUGUCGAGAGGGAAACACAUCCAUAUACCAGAAACGAUCACGUGGUCAUAGUCAAUCAUCAAAAAGACGAGUACCUUUUCAACGACAAAAUGGAUUCGCUUUACAUCAACGACGAUGCCAAUCUGAAUUCGACUGCCACGGAACGAUAUUAUUUAGAGCAUAGCUUAUGCUCAUCGAACAGCUUAGACAACAAUUCACCAAAUUAUCUAAAACGUGCCUCCAGUCCGAGUGAAACGAGCUGCUCCGAGCGCUACAUAAUUGACCGAGGAGCGCGACCGUCAUCGUCAACGAUUAGCAAUUUUCGAAAUGUGCCGUACAAUCAACCAUCGACCAGUGUCGCUCAAUUCGACCGAUUUUCACCUAGUCUGGACCAGGGCUAUGCAACAUUAGUCUCACCAUCGCCAUCAAAUCAGCAAGUCGCAACGCCAUGGAAUAAAAAAGGCGUUUGCCGAUCGGGCGGCUUCGAUCGCUUAUCGGACGAGAUGGUGUUAAAGAUUUUCGGCUGGUUGGACAGUUGCGACUUGUGCAAUAUAACAAGAGUGUGUCGUCGAUUUGAGUCACUAGUCUGGAAUCCGGUGCUGUGGAAAAAUAUCAAAUUGAAGGGGGACGGCAUAUCGGGCGAUAAAGUGUUGAAAACUAUCUUCCGUCGGCUGUGUGGUCAAACGAGGAACGGUUCAUGUUUGAAUGUGGAACGAGUGAUGCUAAGUGAAGGAUGUCGAGUGUCCGAUCGCGGUGUACAAUUAUUGAGUAGACGAUGUCCAGAGCUGACCCAUCUUCAAAUACAAUCAAGUUCAACUGUGACGAAUCAUUCGCUGUUUGACUUGGCUACGAAAUGCACAAAUCUUCAACACUUGGACAUAACAGGUUGUUCGCAAAUCACAACAGUCAACUUAAAUCCUGGUUUUGAUCCACCCAGACGAUUACUGCUACAAUAUUUAGAUCUCACUGAUUGUUGCUCUAUAAAUGACGAAGGCUUGAAGACAAUUGUUGUAAAUUGUCCGCAGUUGGUUUAUCUAUAUCUACGCAGAUGUGUUCAAAUAACAGAUGCUGGAUUGAAAUUUGUGCCAAGUUUCUGCAUAGCAUUACGUGAACUAAGUGUAUCCGAUUGCAGUAGCAUAACGGACUUUGGAAUUUACGAACUGGCAAAACUCGGCGCCGCUUUACGUUAUUUGUCGGUAGCCAAAUGCGAUCAGGUCUCCGAUGCUGGCCUGAAAGUGAUAGCCCGCAGAUGCUAUAAACUUCGUUACUUGAAUGCUAGAGGCUGUGAAGCAGUUAGCGACGAUUCAAUCACGGUAUUAGCCAAUUCGUGUCCACGGUUACGCGCUUUAGACAUUGGAAAGUGCGAUGUUAGUGAUGCAGGACUUCGAGCAUUGGCGGAAAGUUGUCCGAAUUUGAAGAAAUUAAGCUUAAAGAAUUGUGAUAUGAUUACGGAUCGUGGCAUUCAAUAUAUUGCGUAUUAUUGUCGUGGAUUGCAACAGUUAAACAUUCAAGAUUGUCAAAUUUCGCUGGAAGGAUAUCGUGCCGUAAAGCGUUUUUGCAAACGUUGUGUCAUCGAGCACACAAAUCCAGGCUUUUACUAGAAGUGAAAAAAAAAAACAAAAAUAUGUCAAAAAUGGUGCCGAAAAUUUUUAACUAAGGAAAAAUAUGAACAUUUCGUGAUUUUAAUUUAUUUUAACCGCCCAAAACAUUUGUAGCAAA